CUCGCUCUCUCUCUCUCUGCUUUCAAAUCCAGUUUCUGUGACGUAGUCCUCCCUCUUCCAAUCCCCGUCCUUUAAGCUUUAAAGUAGCCUUAGUGGUGGAGAUUUGAAGGCCACAUCUUUCAAUAACUCCGCCAUUAAAGAGUUGUUACUCUUUUAUCCUUCUUUCUGCUAAGCAAUCGAAUUGCAAGGUGAAAUGGCGCCUAGAAACAGCCGUGCGAAGGCGAAAGGCGAGAAGAAGAAGAAAGAAGAGAAGGUUCUUCCUGUUGUCAUGGACAUCAAAGUCAAUCUUCCAGACAAUUCUCAUAUAAUAUUAAAGGGAAUAUCAACGGAUAGGAUUGUAGACGUACGUCGGCUAUUGUGUGUCAACACGGUCACUAGCAGCAUUACAAACUAUUCACUGUCUCAUGAGGUUCGUGGGCCGCGAUUGAAGGACACGGUCGACGUGGCCGCUUUAAAGCCUUGCGUUCUGACGUUGGUCGAAGAGGACUACGACGAGGAUCGCGCAGUGGCGCACGUUAGAAGGCUGCUGGAUAUCUUCGCCUGCACUACCUGCUUCGGCCCUUCUGCGGCCAAAGACGCGGCGGCGGCAGCAGCAGCAGCUGCGGACAAGGACUGCAAGUGCGAGGCUGGGAAGAAUGCCGGCAGUGCGCAGGAUAAGGUCAAGAACCCCAGCAAAACGCAGGGGAGCAAGAAACCCUCUUCUCCUCCUCCUUCUCCGACGUCGACGAAAGAUGCUGUGGCAGAGAGCGAGGAUGAGAUGAACGGGGCGUGCCCUAGGAUUGGGGCCUUCUACGAAUUCUUCUCUCUUUCUCAUCUCUCGCCUCCCAUUCAAUUUGUAAGGAGGAUCACGAGUCAGCAAUGUGAUGAGCAGCUUUCGGAGGAUCAUCUCUUUUCACUCCAAGUGAAAGUUUGCAAUGGGAAGCUAGUCAUCAUCAAAGCUUGCAGUAAAGGAUUCUGUAGUGUCGGAAAGCAGCAGCUACUAUCCCACAACAUCGUAGAUUUGUUGCGACAGCUUAGUAGAGCAUUUGACAAUGCUUAUGAUGAUCUCAUGAAAGCAUUUUCAGAACGUAACAAGUUUGCAAAUCUUCCUUAUGGAUUCCGUGCAAACACAUGGCUUGUUCCUCCUGUUGCUGCGCAGAUGCCAUCAGCUUUUCCUCCACUUCCGGUAGAGGACGAAGCUUGGGGAGGAAAUGGUGGUGGUUUGGGUAGAGAUGGUAAAAGCGAUAUGAUUCCUUGGACGAAUGAGUUCUCCAUUCUGGCAUCUAUGCCUUGCAAAACAGCAGAGGAGAGGCAGAUCCGUGACCGGAAAGCUUUCCUGCUUCACAGUCUAUUUGUAGAUGUUGCCAUAUUCAGAGCUAUUUCUGCUGUGCAGCAUGUGAUGGGGAAACCAGACUUGACAUCUUUGAGUGAAAAAGAUACAAUUUUGCAUUCUGAGAGAGUAGGGGAUUUGAGCAUCACUGUCACCAAGGAUGCAUCUGAUGCAAGCUGUAAGAUAGAUACUAAGAUUGAUGGAAAUAAAACAAUGGGAAUGGACUCCAAGCAUCUCACAGAAAGAAACCUACUGAAAGGAAUCACUGCAGACGAAAAUACGGCUGCCCAUGAUGUUGCCACUCUAGGUGUAAUCAAUGUAAGAUACUGUGGUUACAUUGUUGUUGUGAAAGUUGACGGCAAUAAAGAAAGCAAAACUGGUCCACUGCAAAGCGUUGACAUCAAUGAUCAGCCUGAGGGAGGUGCCAAUGCCUUGAAUAUUAACAGCUUAAGGAUGCUUCUUCACAGAAGACCAGCACCAGGACACAUCAGAACACUGCCCCAUUCACUGAACUCAGAAUGUGAAGAGCUCAAUUCUGCCCGUGAUAUUGUGAAGAGAGUGUUGGAAAGGAGUCUAGCAAAGCUUCAGGAAGAGGAACCUCACCGAGACAUUUUCAUGAGAUGGGAACUUGGAGCUUGCUGGAUACAACAUUUGCAGGAUCAAAUCACUGCAGAAAAGGAUAAGAAACAGUCUGGUGAGAAGACUAAAAAUAAAUCAACUGUUGAGGGGCUUGGGAAGCCUCUUCGAUCACUUAAAAAUUCACUGAAGAAGACAGAGGCCAGCAGUCAAAGUACAUUACCCAGUGAUGGAAAGUCUCCCAAUAUGGUAGUUGGUGGGGAGAUUGAGAAUGCUAAAUCUCCUUCUAUAGAGUCCCAACGUGAAACCAAGGCGACUGAGAAUGAGCUGGUACUGAAAAAAUUAUUACCAGAUCCAGCUUUUACCCGAUUAAAAGAAUCAGAGACAGGACUUCAUCGUAAGUCUCUGCAGGAACUAAUUGAGAUGGCUCAGAAAUAUUAUGACGAAGUAGCUCUUCCAAAGCUGGUUGCAGAUUUUGGUUCCUUGGAGCUUUCUCCCGUUGAUGGACGGACUCUGACUGAUUUUAUGCAUACUAGAGGCCUGCAAAUGCGCUCUCUGGGUCGUGUUGUUAAGCUUUCAGAAAAGCUUUCGCAUGUGCAGUCACUCUGCAUUCAUGAGAUGAUAGUAAGAGCUUUCAAGCACAUUUUGCAAGCAGUGAUUGCAGCCACUGUUGAUAGUGGAGAUUUAGCUGUAUCAAUAGCUGCAGCUCUAAACAUGAUGCUUGGGAUUCCUGAAGUUGGAGAAUCAGAUCCCCCUUGCCACAUUCAUGCUCUCGUGUGGAAAUGGCUGGAGAUGUUCUUGUUAAAGAGAUAUGAAUGGGAACUGAACAGCAUGAACUUCCGAGAUGUAAGGAAAUUCGCCAUUUUACGGGGAUUAUGCCAUAAGGUGGGUAUUGAGCUGGCUCCCAGGGACUUUGAUAUGGAUUCUACAAACCCUUUUCAGAAGGCAGACAUUGUUAGCUUGGUACCUGUGCAUAAGCAAGUUGCAUGUUCGUCAGCAGAUGGGCGGCAACUUUUGGAGUCAUCGAAAACAGCUCUAGACAAGGGAAAACUUGAAGAUGCAGUCAGCUAUGGUACAAAGGCUCUAGCAAAGCUUGUAGUAGUAUGUGGUCCUUACCAUCGGAUGACAGCUGGAGCCUACAGUCUUCUGGCAGUAGUUCUCUAUCAUACUGGAGAUUUUAAUCAGGCCACAAUUUACCAACAAAAAGCUUUGGAUAUCAAUGAGAGAGAACUUGGACUUGACCAUCCAGAUACCAUGAAGAGUUAUGGGGACCUUGCAGUGUUCUACUAUCGGCUUCAACACACAGAGCUGGCUCUAAAGUAUGUGAAGCGAGCACUGUAUCUUUUACAUCUUACUUGUGGUCCAUCCCAUCCAAACACAGCAGCUACAUAUAUCAAUGUUGCUAUGAUGGAGGAAGGCCUGGGAAAUGUACAUGUGGCCCUUAGAUAUCUCCACAAAGCUCUGAAAUGUAACCAAAGGUUACUUGGUCCAGACCACAUUCAGACUGCAGCAAGUUACCAUGCAAUAGCCAUAGCUCUUUCACUUAUGGAAGCGUACCCUUUGAGUGUUCAGCAUGAGCAGACAACCUUGCAAAUACUUCGGGCCAAGCUCGGUCCAGAUGACCUUCGUACACAGGAUGCUGCUGCUUGGCUUGAGUAUUUCGAGUCCAAGGCUUUUGAGCAACAAGAAGCUGCUCGAAAUGGGACGCGGAAGCCUGAUGCAUCCAUUGCCAGCAAAGGCCACCUAAGUGUGUCAGAUUUGCUUGAUUACAUAAACCCCGAUCAAGAUAUCAGAGGAAGAGAUGCUGAGUCAGGGAAAAAGAGAAGUUUUGGGACAAAGGUUAAAGGAAGGUCCACCCAAAACCUCAGCUUGCCAAGCUCUGACAGUUCUCCAAAAGACUCACUUGCCGCAGCUUCAGAUGAAGAGAAGCAACCAAUUGUUAAACUUAAAAGUAGCCCGACGGAUGACCAAACUAAUGCUCUGCUGGUUCAAUCUAAACAUUCUGUUGAAGAAGUUGUAGCUGAGGUGCAGCCAACCAUUGUCAAAGAAGUGUUAACAGCAGCAAACACAGAGGGAGAAGAUGGAUGGCAACCUGUUCAAAGGCCAAGGUCAGCUGGCCUAGCCGGGUAUAGACUCCGACAGAGACGGGCAAAUAUUGGAAAGGUCUAUAAUUAUCAGAAGAAGGAUGUUAUUACUGAAAAUUCCCUCUCCAAAGCAAGUAAUUCUUAUCCAAACAGUCGUUAUUAUCUCUUGAAAAAACGAACAGUAACUCCUGGAAGCUACACUGACUAUCAACCUGUGAAAAGUUCCUCACCUGGAGGUGCCAAAUUCAGCCGUAAAAUAGUCAAGUCUGUGACGUACAGGGUCAAGUCAGCACCUUCGUCAAGUAAUGCCGAGGUGGCAGAUGGCUCUACAAAUGAUAGUAAGACUUCCAAUUCACCUCUAGAGCCUCGGCCAGGUUCUGCAUCGAAUGAUUACCGCAUGCAUCCGUCUGAAGUUACAGCUCAAAUGAAGAAAAAUUUGACCAUAACUCUUGGGAGAUCCCCUUCUUACAAGGAUGUAGCAUUGGCACCGCCAGGCACAAUUGCUAAGAAUAUGCAAGUCAGAAAUCUGAAAGAAGACCUUUUGGACAACAGACAACCACCGAGUGGAAAAUCUGGAAAAGAAGCAACAGAACCGAUCGUUGCUGACAAUCCUCUGGAAGAUGCGUCUAAAGCAACGGAAGUAGACAAUGCAAAGGAAAAGAACUCUCAGAAUUGCGUUCCUGAUUCCAUAGCUAAUGGAAAGGAGGAAACUGGACCUGUUGAUAAGAAGGAAGAAGGCAAAUCAAAUGAUGAAAAGAGAAAUGACCUUUCUGUGAUGGUCUCUCCUGAUCCAGGUGCAGUUGCUUCUGGCCAUAUCUGUAUAGAGGGCAAUCUGAGCAUUGAUGCUCUUGGAGGUGAGGAUCAUGAGGUAGACAGCAGCACACAGACUGAUGUGAUUACUAGUUCUACUGAUCCGACCAAUGGAAAAGAGAGUCAAGGGUAUGAUUUAUCCAGAAGCAUUCAGAUGGAGAGUGAGUCAAGCUCCGAAGCAUCAGCAGAAGGCGGUUGUGAGAAGGCUUCAUCUGGCAGCGUUGAGCCUGAGAAUAACUCAAGCUCUAAUGCACAAGUCGGGGAGGAUCAUGACAAGGUCAGCACCAUGGGAGCCAGAGGCGAUGACCCGGAAGGGAAUUCUUCAGCACCAAAUUCAGUUGAGGUGAAAGACAUCCCCAACAGGAAGCUGUCUGCAUCAGCUGCUCCCUUCAGUCCGUCUGCAGCCAUACGUGGCCCUGUGCCAAUGAAUAUUAGUCUCCCCCCUGGAACAGGUGCAGUUGCACAGUGGCCAGUAAAUAUGACCCUUCACCCUGGUCCUGCAGCUGUUGUUCCAACAGUUACACCCAUUUGCUCCUCUCCUCACCACACCUAUGUGUCAUCCCCAAGAUCACCUAAUGUUAUACAUCCCUUGCCGUUCAUGUACCCUCCUUAUCCACACCCCCAAGCAGUACCAAAUGGCACCUUUGCCAUGAAUAGCAAUAUGUUUCAUACCAAUCAUAUGCCAUGGCAAUGCAACAUGAACCUGAACACAUCAGAAUUUAUUCCAGGGACAGUAUGGCCAGGCUGUCAUCCAAUGGAAUUCUCUGUAUUGCCAACUGUCAUCGAACCGGUUACUCAACCCACGUUGGAGUCAAAAAUGCCGGCUGACAAUUUUGAAGUCAUGACUUCAACUCCUCCAGGGGAGACUAAGGAAGGGAAAAACAUCAAGAAAGAAAAUGGUGAUGCAGUAUCAGGAGUCAUAGAGAGUGGGAGUGUAGUAGCUGAAAAUUCGUUGGAAAAUAAGCAAGAAGAUGGUGACUCUGGUUCUCAUAAGAAUGAAAUGGUUAAAAACGAACUGAUUUCUGUAAAUGUUCCAAAAGAAAACACUGAGAACAAUGGUGAGAAGCACAUGCCGAGAAACAGUAAUAAAAAUGACGGAGAGGGGAGCUUCAGCAUUUUGAUAAGGGGGAGAAGAAACAGGAAGCAGACUCUUAGAAUGCCAAUAAGUUUGCUCAAUAGGCCAUAUGGGUCACAGUCGUUUAAGGUUAUCUAUAACAGAGUAGUCAGAGGGAGCGAAGUUCCCAAAUCCACGGAUAUUUCUUCAAGUGGAGAUAGCACGUCCAAUGUUCCAUAGACAGAUUUUACCAAUAAGUUUAGCCGAAAGGGCAAGGAAAGAAUUAGAAGACUAAGUUGUUUUUGUUUUGUUCUUAAAGAUACUGAAGCAUCUGGUUCUGGCUUUCAUGGUCGAUAUACAGACGUCUUUUUUUCCGGCAACUGAUGUUUCAGAUGUUGCAUAUCAUCAUUUACCCAUUUGACCAAUCUUGCAGACAAAAGUACAGGUUAGUCCUAUCAUUAUGGCUAUUCAAUUUUAGUUUUUUUAUCAAUCGCAUGCAUAUGUAUGCAGCUAUGUAAUUUAUUUUAUAUCUGCAUGCACAUACGCAUGUGAUUGAUAAGCUCAGUGUUGAAAGCCUUCUGUCCUGUCCUCCGAGGCAACAGGUCCAUUUGAACUUAAUAAUCUUAGAUAACUAUGCUUGUUCUUAUUCAUUGUCAUUGAAACCUAAAAGCCAAUGCAGGUGUUGAUUGCUGAGAUUCAACUGGUCUCUACUCCAUGCAUAAUCACUUUUGAUGAAGCACAGUGGAUUUUCAUUUUACAUCAGAUUGGUGUGCAGGUUCUUCCAGGUAAUUUUGUUUUCCGGAUUUGCAAGAGGGUCUUAAAGCAGCGGUCCUUAGGAUGAAAACUCUUGAGUAAUAGUUUUGACUUAGUUUACAUGAAAUUGCAUUGGAAUUCUUAAAGGGAUUUUGUCAUGACAUUCAAUUGCCUACUACCUGUUGCAUAAUAUUGUUUAUUACUGCAACUAUGGUGGCAGAAUGAAUAAUGUUGAAAAUUUUUAAUUUCAUGAA